AUUUUUGAAUGGUAUAAAUACUGCCCCAUUUUCAAUGAGUAGUACCACAGAAGACCCACAGUGACUUUGGGAUGAAGACUGCCAUAUUAGUUUUGUGUAUCCUAGCUUUCACAGCAGUUGCGGCUGACAAAAAAUCUGACUGCAAAUGUAAAGUAAAAUGUGACCCUGGCGAAAACAAAGUAGAUAAAUGUUCUGGUGGUAAAGUUUUGUGUUGCUGCACUGGUAGCCCGAGGUCUGGAAAUCGAGGUGGAUCUAGUUCUGGAGGUUCAAGAGGUUCUAUGGGUGGAAGUGGUGCAGGUGGAAUGUCCGGAGGUGGAUCCGAUGAAAGAAUUAUUUAUAUAAAUAUUGGAAGUUCCGGAGGUGGCAAUGGAGGUGGAGAUGGCUACGGUUCAACAAGUUAUGGAGGUGCCAGUGCUGGAGGUAAUGGAGCUGGUAGUGGGAUGUCUGGAGGUGGAAUGACUGGUGGUAGAAAUUCGGGAGGUGGAAGUACUGGAAAAGGAUAUGGUUCUACAAGUUAUGGAGGUGGUGAUAGCUACAGUUCUACAAGUUAUGGAGGUGCUGGUGCUGGAAGUGGCGGAACUGGUGGUGGCGGUUUUGGAGGUGGAAUGUCCGGUCGUGGCGGUUCUGGAGGUAGAAUGACUGGAGGUAGAAGAUCGGGAAGUGGAAGUGCUGGGAAAGGAUAUGGUACUACAAGUUAUGGAGGUGGAGAUAGCUAUAGUUCUACAAGUUAUGGAAGUAGUGAUAGCUACGGUCCUACCAGUUAUGGAGGUGCUGGUGCUGGAAGCGGUAACACUGGUGCUAGAGGUUCUAGAGGUGGAAUGAAUGGAGGUGGAAGUUCAGGAGGCGGAAGUGCUGGAAAAGGAUAUGGUACUACAAGUUAUGGAGGUAGUGAUAGCUACGCUCCUACCAGCUAUGGAGGUGCUGGUGCUGGAAGUGGUAACACUGGUGCUAGAGGUUCUAGAGGUGGAAUGACUGGAGGUGGAAGUUCAGGAAGUGGAAGUGCUGGAAAGGGAUAUGGUUCUACAAGUUAUGGAGGUGGAGAUAGCUAUAGUUCUACAAGUUAUGGAAGUAGUGAUAGCUACGCUCCUACCAGUUAUGAAGGUGCUGGUGCUGGUGCUGGAAGCGGUAACACUGGUGCUAGAGGUUCUAGAGGUGGAAUGACUGGAGGUGGAAGUUCAGGAAGUGGAAGUGCUGGAAAGGGAUAUGGUUCUACAAGUUAUGGAGGUGGAGAUAGCUAUAGUUCUACAAGUUAUGGAAGUAGUGAUAGCUACGGUCCUACCAGUUAUGGAGGUGCUGGUGCUGGCAGUGGUAACACUGGUGCUAGAGGUUCUAGAGGUGGAAUGACUGGAGGUGGAAUGUCUAGAGGUGGAAGUUCGGGAGGUGGAAGUGCUGGAAAAGGAUAUGGUUCUGCAAGUUAUGGAGAUGGAGAUAGCUAUAGUUCUACAAGUUAUGGAAGUACUGAUAGCUACGGUCCUACCAGUUAUGGAGGUGGUGCUGGAAGCGGUCGAACAAGUGCUGGAAGUUCUAGAGGUGGAAUGACUGGAGGUGGAAGUUCAGGAACUAAAAGUGCUGGAAAAGGAUAUCUUUCUACAAGUUAUGGAGGUGGAGAUAGCUAUAGUUCUACAAGUUAUCGAGUUGGAGAUAGCUACAGUUCUACCAGUUAUGGAAGUGAGACAUCUGGAGGUGGAAUGUCUAAUGGUAGAGAUGCUAGAGGUAGAAUGUCUAAUGGUAGAGAUGCUAGAGGUAGAAUGUCUAGAGGUGAAAGUUCGGGAGGUGGAAUGUCUAGAGGUUCCGGAGGUGGAAGGGCUAAAAUAACAUUUAUUGUCAAUACCAGUGGAGGAAAUGGUGGCCAGGGUGACUGUACGUGCAGGAUAAGAUGUCAAGCAGGAGAAAUGAAAAAAUCUACAUGUAAAAAUUACAAGAAACCCGUACUUUGCUGCGAGAAAAAACCGAAAAAAGGAUAUGGAUAUUGAAAUUGAAUACUGUAUAUGAAGAACACCGAUUAAAAUUUUAUUGUA